CGCCCAGAAUAGACGCAGCACGUGCGUCGGUGGCGGCACUCGUCGCCCGCGCCGCCACCCCGACACACGCCGCCACACGCCACCACACGCGACGUACUACUACCGGCGCGGGCACAACACCUAACCGCACCAAAACUUAACCGCGCGUUGUGAAACAUUGUGAAAUGACGUGAAUAAUUGAUUACCUCAGUGUCGCAUAACAUGUAAAUGUGUAACCAACGAAUUGUAGCCCAAACUAGUAAACUAUUAAUAACUUGUAACUGAAAAGUAUUGCUGCUGUUUGUCAAAAGCAUUGAGUGUUUAUCUGCUGCAGUAUAAAGCUUCGUUACAUUGGUCUUUGUUUGAACAGCACAGCACACCGAUAAAAAGCUUGUUACAUUUUCGAGAGUUUACUUUCUAUUUCUGUCGCGAAGUUUUGGAGUUUAUUUUUAUAUGUUUAGGUUAGGGAGAUAGACGUGUGAUAUGUUAGUGAUGUGAUUAGCCUUGGAGGACUUUUAAAAUACGUUAAUUAUGUGCCUUAUCGUGUUAUAAUAGUGUGUUAACGAGUAUAGCCGGUGUUGUAUGUAUGCGUCAGAGUCGCCGGAGCGAUGCAAUGCCUGAAAUUCGCGAUCCUUUUGGCGCUGCUGUUGCCAGAGCCGGUUCCAGCGUGGAAAAGUGACAUAGUCAAAACAUGGGCGAGAAACCUCGGAGACGAACUAUGGCGGCUCAGCGAAGCUCUCACCAAAUCGGACCAGAUACGAAUAAAAUACAAACAAAUGAAUGCGAGUGUAAAGCAGAAGAAUGGAAAGGUUAUAUUGGAUUCGUCGCUGACAUCCGUGAGCGCCAUGCUCACAAGAAAAAUCAAUGCUGUCAAGUGCAUCCAUGCGACUGCUGAGAAGCUGGCGCAAGAGUUCAACUACUCUAUGAUAGAAGAUCCUGAAUACAAAGCCAACUUCCAGUACUGCUCUGCCAAGUAUUCCAACUUUGAAUAUGAGCAGGAACAGAUGAAACCGCCGGAGAUCUUCUCGCCGCCCAGAUUCGCAAUAGACAAUCCUCACUUUUCAAAUGUGACCCUCGAAAAGGAUUCUCAUUUUUAUGACAUCAACGUCAACACGAAUAUUAGUUGUGUGCAUGUACCGACCAAUAUCUACUAUGAAGAAAAGGAUGCGCUAAAUGCAAUUCUGUGGUCAAGAGAACUAAACGACAUUUUUACUAAGAACUAUAAAUCCGAUCCAUCUUUGUCGUGGCAAUACUUCGGAAGCUCGCAUGGUAUAUUGCGGUUCUUCCCUGGAAUGCCAUGGAACAAAAUAGUUGUUGACACCUACGAUUGUCGAGUGAGGUCUUGGUACAUCGAAGCGGCAACAUGCUCUAAAGACGUGAUUAUCCUAUUCGACGUAUCUGGCUCAAUGACUGGAUUCAAAAAUUACGUUGCAAGGAGGACAUUACGAUCCCUUUUGUCAACACUGUCGAACAACGAUUAUGUAAACGUAUAUACUUUUAAGAACGUCACUGAGCAAGUAGUGACUUGUUUUGUGGAUCUGGUUCAAGCCACACCAGAGAAUAUAAAAACUAUAGUGGAUGCGUUAGAACCGACAGACGGGGGGAAGAAUCACAAAGUGCCGCUUGAUGGAAACGCCAACUUGACAGAAGCUUAUAUAAAAGCUUUUACUACGCUCAAAGAGAGAAGGCAGAUUUGCAACGUGACGUCGACUCAAGGCUGCAACCAAUUGGUGAUGGUGAUCACGGACUACGUGCCUGGGAACCUGACGGAGGUGUUCGAGGAGUACAAUAGAGAGGUGGUCGACAACAACACGUACAUUCCUGUCAGGGUAUUCACCUUCCUUAUCGGGAAGGAAGUCACCAACGUCGCGGAGAUACGGUGGAUGGCCUGCUUGAACAGAGGUUACUUCGUGCACAUCCAUUCAGUAGAGGAGGUGCAGCAGCAGGUGUUGAAGUACAUCAAUGUGAUAGCUCGUCCCAUGAUCCUCUCCAAAGAGAAUCCCCCGCCGACCUGGACUCACGCGAACAUAGAUGACACCAGAACACAGAACUGGAAUUUGAGCAGUGAUAUGGGCAAGCCUGAUGAAGACAAAUUGGUGACGUCCGUCGCUAUUCCGGCGUUUGAUUACAAGUACAAUAGCGAGCAUAACGACGCCAUUCUGCUGGGUGUGGCGGGCACUGAUGUGCCUAUUGACAGCAUCGCCAAGCUGGCUCAACCUCAUCAGCUGGGUGUCAAUGGGUAUCCGCUGAUUGUGAGCAAUAACGGCUACCUGCUACUUCAUCCACUGCUUAUAGCUACUAUCAACGGCGUGUUGCAAGAGAACUACAACAGCGUGGAUUUCGUGGAGGUGGAACAGGUGGACGACGGGAAGGGUCCUCGCGAGUUGGGUGACAAGAUCAAGCAGCUGCGGCAAGCGUUGGUUGACGGCGUCGACGGCAACAUGACUGAAGUGGAAGUUCUCUUCCAUUAUGACAACAUGAGGAGAAUAGCUCGAGUGAAGCACGAUUAUUUCUACAACAAGUUAGAAGGGACGCCCUUUUCUAUGGGAAUUUCCCUGCCAAAAGGAUAUGGAGACACGGAGCUGAUGUUAAAAGACAAUCCUUUGGAGGCCAAGCAAGGGAAGGAGCUGACAGGGAUUAACGUCACCGACUACUUUAGAUUUAGCUUCAGGGUACAUCCAGAUUGGGUAUACUGCAAGUACCAUUACUUAGAAGGCCACGAGGCAGAGACUUCUGAAAUUGAAAUUUGGAGAUUCCUAUCACUCCUCUCCAAAAAUGAAAUUGAUAUCACCAAGCAACAGUAUACGGCACAAAAUGAUAACUCCAAUUUCACUAUUGAAACGCAUUGCGGCGACGCGACGACCCAACUAGACUUAGACGACUACUACUGUACAGAAGACUUGGUGAAGCAACUGGUAUUCGACGCGAAGCUGACAACCCCUUACUUCAAGGAAUGGCACGCCACCACGUCAGAAUGGGAUCUAGCCAGGAAGUAUAACGUCAGCGUGCGGUUCAUAGCCACGUCCAGCGGCCUCACGAGGUGGCAUUACAUAUUCGAUACAGAUAAGAAUGAAUAUGUAAACGAUGAUGGGACCGUUGAGAAGAAUUGUAGUGGAAAAGUUUUUGGAGAUGAUUACCACAACGCGAUUGAAGAGACAUGGUACAAAGCAGCGGUGCUGCAGCAUAUGAUCAAUAAAGAAUCGCUAGUGAUCGCUACGAGGCUGCCUAUUUUAGACGACACUAUAAAGAACAGGCCCCCAGUGGAGAACGAGGACGGAGACAUUACCAUGACAGCCACUUACGCAAUGUUCUACAGAGACGGUGAUUCCGAAACUCCAGCGUCUGUCGUAGGCUUCCAAUACUCAUAUCUUAAAUUCCACGAAAGGUUUGGAAACAUCACAAACUUAACCCGGGGGAGCGGGGAUAAGGAUAAGAAAGAAUUUGUUUGCGGGAAUGGGAAGUACGAUUGCUUCUUGGUUGAUAGUUCGGGGUACGUGGUAUUGUCGUAUCCGUUGAACACAAGCCAAGUGGGCCAGUUCUUCGGAGUGAUCAACCACGACACGCAGCUGGUGUUGCAAUACCUCAUCGACAUGACGGUGUACCAACACGUGGAGCUGUUCAACUACCAGGCCUUAUGCCCAAUAUCGAUACUACAACAUCAAAAUAGUGGUUGGUCGCUAACUUCGCCUUUCAGUAUAGCAGGGAAUUUCGUCCGAUGGUUGCUUUCUGAAAUAGCAUUACUAAUAAUGAACUGGAACCAAUAUACCUAUGCUUCUACAAUCGACGAUGACUAUAUCGAUCUGAAUUUUGAAAACGCAGAGGACACUACGACGGCCAUGCCACCAGAAGCCAACGAGACGAUUCAAGCGGAGGAUGACAAGAAAUCAGAUGAAACUUUCUCUUGUGAUCACAAGAUAAUGUUGUACAUUUUGAAUCAGAAGUUCUUUUUGGAGAAUAAUGGUCUGCCGCGGACUGUCCACUCAGACAAGGAGGGGGACUGUCACCCCCCGUUCUGGGCGUCGUACGUGGCGAAGACGAAUAUGUUGCUGGUGGUCGUGGAGCGGGGAGACCGGGACUACCUCGGUGACUGCAAGUCAGACGAUGACAACCGUCCCUGCUGCAAGGUGCCCCCGGACACGAAACCCCGGGCCACGGAGGCGUCGACCACCAGCCGAGAGCCUUGCCACAAGCUGGAUCUAGGGCGGCUACCGAGACGACGACUCGAGGGGUGCUUCACCUAUCAUGAAGGGGAGAGAAAUAUAACGACGUGCAGUAGCAGUACCACCACUCGCCGCAAUUUGCUGCUUCUCCUCACCACGACACUGUUGGGGGCGCGGGCGCACACGCUGCUCUCUUGAUAACAACGCAAUAACACAUUUGUACCUUUGUUACUUUCGCAAUAAAACUUGUUGCACUCUUUAA